CUUUGCUUCAAAUUCUCUUUCCUUCUAAAUUUCGUGUCUUUUUUUUUUCUUUUAUUAUUUAUACGCCAUUUCUAGGGUUCUUCUUGCCAAGAAAACCCACACCCAAAAACCCCAUAAAUUUACUCCACUCACUGUUCUUCCAUCUGGGCUUCUCUGAUUUGGAGGCGACUUUGAGGCAAAAAUGGUGAGAGGCAAGACUGAAAUGAAGCGCAUAGAGAAUGCCACAAGCCGGCAAGUCACGUUUUCAAAGCGCAGAAAUGGACUGCUGAAGAAAGCCUUUGAGCUAUCAGUUCUGUGCGACGCUGAAGUUGCCCUUAUAAUCUUCUCUCCAAGAGGCAAACUUUACGAGUUUUCCAAUUUCAGUAUGAACAAGACAAUUGAUCGUUAUCAGAACAGGACCAAAGAUUUGAUGUCGAGUAACAACACGGCUGUUGAAGAUUUGCAGUUGGAGAAGGAACUCGACUCGUUUACCAUCACAAAGAAGUUGGAGCACCUUGAAGUUAGUAAAAGAAAACUGUUGGGAGGUGGGUUGGAUUCGUGUUCGAUCGACGAGUUGCAGCAGCUCGAAAGACAGCUUGAAAGAAGCUUAACCAAGAUUAGGUCAAGAAAGUAUCAAAUUUUGAAGGAAGAAAUUAUGAAACUGAAGGAAGAGGAGAAACUGUUGCUGGAAGAAAAUGCAGCACUGCAGGUGAAGGUUGGAAGAGAAUCAUCAAAAAAAGGAGAAACGAAGCAGAGAUCAGAAUCAAAGGAGCAAGACAUAAUGGAUGUGGAAACUGAACUGUUCAUAGGACUCCCAGAAAGAAGAACAACCACCAAUGGCUUCCUCUAGAUUUUCAAACAAAAACCCUCAAAAAUUUAUAUUUCAAAACAAAAAAAAAAGAAAAAAGAAAAAAGAAAAAUACAGAAAAUGGUUUCUGAUAAAAUGUUUCAUUAAAUACUUUGAGGAAAAGUAUAAACAUGAAACUAAGUGCAUAUUUAGGAUCUGUUCCUUGUUGGAUUC